AUGUCGACACCAAUUUCAAUCACUGGACGCAAAUCACCUGGAGGCCCACCACCCGGGUUGAAUCGCUUGUCACUUAUGCGAUGGGCAGUGAAGAACCCACCAGAGGAUCCCAAUAUCACCUUCGAUGGCAAAACAGUUCUCGUCACCGGGGCGAACGCCGGACUCGGUUAUGAGGCAGCAGUCAAGUACGCGCAGAAGGGAGUGACCAAACUGAUCCUCGCCGUCCGAACACAGUCUAAAGGCGAAGAAACGAAAAGAAAAAUUAUGGAGCGCAGCGGGCGAACAGAUGACUUCAUGAGUAUUCUCCUAGUCGAUCUUACAAACAUUUCUUCUGUUCAAGGUUUCGCCAUAGCCUUGGAAAAAGAAACAACGCAGCUGCAUAUUGCUCUGCUAAACGCAGGCAUGGCAGCACCGUCAUUCGUCAAACUAGACACCGGAUACGAAACGGCUCUUCAAGUCAACGUCUUAUCCACAGCUCUCAUGGCUGCUCUCAUUCUUCCUAUCCUCCGUAGGACGACAAAUGUAACUGGGUCUCCAUCUCAUCUCACAUUCGUCAACAGCAACGGACACAUCUGGGUUAAAAGAUCAUCGUAUCAGAACACCCACAACGGAAAUUUACUUGAGCACCUCAACGAUCCGAAGUUUUUCGCGCUAGAACACUCAUACUGCGCGGUGAAACUCCUUGGAAUGGCCGUAAUGAAACAUAUGGCGAAAGCAACGACAACCACAGAUAGGGAGGCGAAGGAAACCCCUUCCAUCAUUGUGAAUGCAUGUUGUCCUGGUUUAUGUAAGACUGAGCUUGGCCGCGGGUUUGCGCGCCCUCUGCAGUUGAUCAAUCAGGGAUUACAAUACUUCACUGCGAGGACCGCGGAAGAAGGAGGGCGAACAUUAGUGGGGGCUACGGUUUUGGGACCGGAGAGUCACGGGCAGUUUUGGCAUCAUGAUAUUUUGCAUCCGUAA